AAACCUUGGCCCGUCGAAGAGCGCUCCUUCUAUUCGCUUUUCUUCAUCUGUUUAUCCCCUAUCGACUCAAUUAACGAACCAAGACUGCAGAACCCUAGAGCGGCCAUUGGAGGCAGCUUCGCUAGCUCUAAGCAAAUGUCAAACGAUACAUCUGCGGGAGCUUCAAAGUCCGCGCCGCCCUCAAUACUCGACCGGUUUAAGGCCAUGUUGAAGGAACGAGAUGAGGAGGUUAGGGUUUCUUCGGAAGAUGGUGUCAUUUCGCCUCCUACUAUGGAUGAGGUUGUGAGGCUUUAUGAGAUUGUGUUGUCGGACUUGACUUUCAAUUCGAAGCCUAUCAUUACUGAACUAACCAUAAUUGCUGGGGAGCAGAGAGAGCACGGCCAGGGCAUUGCGAAUGCAAUCUGUGCUCGUAUUCUGGAGGCCCCAGUUGAGCAGAAAUUGCCAUCUCUUUACCUUCUUGACAGUAUUGUAAAGAAUAUAGGCAGGGAAUAUAUAAGGCACUUCUCUGCCCGUUUGCCUGAGGUGUUUUGUGAGGCCUACAGACAAGUCCAGCCCAACAUGUUUGCUGCCCUGCGUCACCUAUUUGGUACCUGGUCAACAGUUUUCCCAUCAUCUGUUCUCCGCAAGAUUGAAGCUUGCCUCCAGUUUUCCCCAUCCACAAGCCAUCAAUCUUCUGGCUUGACCAACUUGAGAGCUUCUGAAUCUCCUCGGCCAGGUCAUGGAAUACAUGUAAAUCCAAAAUAUUUGGAAGCGAGAAGACAAUUAGCAGGGCAUUCAACUAUAAAUGCUGUAGGAGCUGAAAAGUUGAGCUCUACUGGUCGUGCCGGACUUAUAUCUUCUGACAUAGAUGCUGUAAAAUUGCUUCCUACUGCAGCUGCAAGGACUGUACGGUCAUCUUCUCCUUUUGGUGUGGGACGAGCAAGGUCACUCUCACCACCAGUUGAUGAUUUUGCUGUAGAAAGCACUCCACAAAUUUCUGAAAGGCCAUCACCAUCUCAUUCUAGAAUUGAUUAUGGGCUUAAUGGAGUCAUGGCUGGAGAUGAUGAGACAAUUGACUGGCACAGAAAUCUUUUACAUGAUGGUAGCAGUCAGCGGUUGGAAAACUCUGUUGCAUAUAGUGUCAAAAAAGGAGUUGACCUUCAAGGACCUAGAGCUCUGAUUGAUGCAUAUGGAAUAGAUGAAAGGGAAAAAGCAUUUAAUUAUCAUCAUCAUAAGCUUGGUCAGCCAGAUGCAAAUGGUAUCGGCAAAAGGGUAGGUGUUAAAACAUGGCAAAAUACUGAAGAGGAAGAAUUUAAUUGGGAAGACAUGAGUCCAACACUUGGAGAUCCUAGUCGGCGUAAUGAUUUUUCAUCAUCUAUGCCACCAUCUGGGAGAUUUAUAACCGGACCCCGUGUUGGUUCUCUUCAAGCCUUAUCUGCUAUCAAUGAUUCCAGAAGGAGCUUAUCAGAUCAGGCCCAACAUUCGUUAGUUAAGUCUGGACGAGAGAUAACUAGUAAGAUUCCAGGAUUCUAUGAGGAGGCAUCUCUUAUUUCAGCCCCAAGUUAUAGUCAAGAACCUCAGUUUCUACCACAAGAUUUCCCACAGCAAUCCCAUCUCCGUAUUAGGGUUGAAGGAGGUGGAAGAGCUCCCUCAAUGCGUCUUUCAGGAACUGGACUUUCAACUAAAGUGGGUGAGCAAAAGCUUCAUUUAGUUGGAAAUUUAACAACUGCAGAUGGAAAAUUUUGGAGGCCCCCAAGUGUUGCUUCAAGAGUGAAUCCUGGUUUUAACUCUUCAGUUCAGGAUGUUCAAGCAGUUAACACAGGGCUUUCAACUGGUGCAUGGCCCACCAUAAGCACGCACAAUUCUCAGUUAUUAAAUUCAACGUCUAUGAUCCCACCUCAAAAACAAAUAAAGGAUCAGUUUGAUGCUAUGAAUACAGUUGCUAAUCAUGGUCUGAAUGAGCGACGUAUUGAUCAUAUAGAUCUCAAACCACAGUUUGAGUUGCCUCGUUUGCCUGUUCAACAUCCUGGUGCAGUCCCAUUAAUUCUUCCAAGGUCUGGACAAAUUUCUCUAUCACAACCACAGUUGCCAAGUCAGGAUGUUCUACAGAAUAAGGUUCCACCAGCUGCAAUGGCAGUUCCAACUCAUACUCUAAUGCCACCAUCGAAUUAUGGCUACACUCCACAAGGUCAGGGUGUAUCUGGUGUGCAAUCUACUCUGCCUAUGGUGAAUAUCCCAAAUGCAUCGUUGCAGUUCACUGGAGCAGCCUUGCCACCCAUAGCUAGAGUUCCAACUCCUGCUGCACCUCAAAUGAUGCCUACCCUUCAACCUUCUGGUCAAGGCACUCAAAGUGCUCCCCAAGGUGGUACUUUUUCCAAUUUGAUCAACACUUUGAUGGCUCAAGGUUUGAUUUCAUUAUCAAAUCAAGCUCCUCCAGAGGACUCUGUGGGCACUGAGUUCAAUAUGGAACUCCUAAAGGAGCGUCAUGAGUCAACAAUAACUGCUCUAUACUCUGCCCUUCCUAGGCAGUGCACAACAUGUGGUCUUCGAUUCAAAUCCCAAGAUGCUCAUAGCAGUCACAUGGAUUGGCAUGUAACCAAGAACCGGCUAUCUAAAAACCGCAAGCAUAAUCCUUCUCGUAAGUGGUUUGUAAGUCUUAGUAUGUGGCUCAGUAGUGCAGAGGCAUUGGGCACCGAUGCAGUUCCUGGAUUUCUACCUCUUGAAGAUGUUGUGGAGAAGAAGGAUGAUGAUGAACUAGCUGUUCCUGCAGAUGAUGAGCAGAAUGCUUGUGCUUUAUGUGGUGAGCCUUUUGAUGAUUUUUAUAGUGAUGAGACUGAGGAAUGGAUGUUCAGGGGGGCUGUCUACAUGAAUGCACCAACUGGGUCAACAACUGGGAUGGAUAGGUCUCAAUUAGGUCCCAUUGUGCAUGCAAAAUGCAGGUCCGAGUCUAGUAGCAGUUGCAUUGAGGCUUCCAAAAAACAUGAUGAGGAUUAUACAGAUGAUGGAGGUCUGAGGAAACGAAUGCGCAGUUAGCUUAUUUAGAUCAGCUUGUAGGUGAUUUGUAAUUUUAUCUGAGGGUCCACAAUUGUUGGUUAACAUGCCUGAUUCAGGUACUUGUACAGUUCGUAUUGUACCUGUCAGAUUUUCUUGCACAAAAAGGUUACAAAAUAGAUUUGCAACAUUUCUCUGGGCAUGUCUAUCUUGUUUAUUUUGGAGCUUCUGAUGAAAUUUGGUAGUAAAAUUUUUUGUUUGACAGUUGAUGCAAUUGUUUAUUUGUUAGUUUGGAUUUGCCACAACUAUCUACCCACAACGGCCUGGACAGGUUGAAUGUGAUUUCUACAUGAAAACUGGGGAGUGAAAAAUUGGAGAGAGAUGCAGGUUUCAGCACCCUCUUGAUCGUUCACCACCGGUUACAUCCUCAAUGGAAGGCCAGCAGCAAAAUGUUAAGCCCAGUCUUGCAGGGCUACCUAGACGGGAGGUGCGCCAAAGAUUUUACCAUUUAUUCACAAAACAUGGCUGUUUAGCUGCUUCUGCUUUUAGACUUUAUGCAAGCAUGAAGGAUGGGUGCUAUACAUUGUCCAUAUUAUACGAAAACUGGAACAUGCAAGUAUGGAGCAACGUGCAAAUUUAAUCAUCCGCCACCAGGGGUGGUAAUAUGUAUCCCUUCACAGGUAACAUCCACAUCUGUUGAUUAAGAGGAAGGAUAUACCAAAUUGAUUGAAGCCAUUCAGAAACAGCAGCCGUAAACUUUUUGUUUCUGUUCAGCAGCAGAGCAGAGGAUUUGGUCUGCUACCUCUUCUAGCCCUGACCACACUUUGAAAGAACUAAUUGUUUCAGAUUUGUUGAUGGGUUGUGAUAUUUUAUUUACAAGUGUUCUGAAGUUGAAUUGCCCAUGUUGUAUUCCUUGUAACUGGUGGAGAUUAGUAGCUUAUUAUACAGUUGGAGUAUGUCUUUUAUAGUGGACGGAGCUCUAUAAUGAUUGGCUUGUCUAGGUUAGGUGGUGUAUAAAGGCAAAUUAUUAGUUAUGCUGAAAGUACAUGUUACGUGAUUC